CUGCGAUUUGUGAACCGCAGUAGCAAAAUUGUGACUCGAUCGCCCAAUCACCAACGCAACGCUGCUCACCCUCAAGGCCUCCUCUUCUUCGCCUUUUCGACGUCACCUUCCUCCUCGGAACAACCGAUCCGACCUCAGCGAUACCGACCCAACGAGCAGGCGGAAUUUUUACAGAGCACAGAGGAAACUAGCUGCCCAAAAGACGACUAGGAGGAACGUGUAAAAAGCCCGCGCGCCUUCUUUCGCACCCCGCCCCUCCUCCACACCUCGACCUUUACAUAACCCAACCGCCGCCACAACCCUCCGUACUCGACGACUUCGAGAACCAGCAGCGAAGAUGGCGGAACCGAACUACAGCCACUUUCGAUACUUCGAAAACAAGUAUCCUGAGAUCGAUGAGUUCGUCAUGGUCAACGUCAAGCAGAUCGCCGAGAUGGGCGCGUACGUCAAGCUGCUCGAGUACGACAACAUUGACGGCAUGAUCCUGCUUUCCGAGCUGUCGAGACGUCGUAUCAGAAGUAUCCAGAAGCUUAUCCGAGUGGGCCGCAACGAGGUCGUCGUCGUGCUCCGUGUCGACAAGGAGAAGGGUUAUAUCGAUCUCAGCAAGCGCCGUGUGUCGCCGGAGGAUAUCAUCAAGUGCGAGGAGCGGUACAACAAGGGCAAGAUGGUCCACUCCAUCAUGCGCCACGUCGCCGAGAAGACCCUUACCCCUAUCGAGCAGCUGUACGAAACCAUCGCAUGGCCUCUCAACAAGAAGUACGGCCAUGCGAUUGACGCCUUCAAGCUGUCUAUCACGAACGCUGAGGUCUGGAACGACGCCACCUUCCCCAGCGAGGCCGUCUCGGAGGAGUUGAAGUCAUAUAUCGCGAAGCGGCUUACUCCCCAGCCCACCAAGGUCCGUGCCGAUGUCGAGGUGACCUGCUUUGGGUAUGAGGGCAUCGACGCUGUCAAGGCCGCCCUGCGCACCGCCGAGUCGCGCAACGACGACCAGACUCAGGUUAAGGUCAGGCUCGUGUCCCCCCCAUUGUACGUCUUGACCAGCACGUGCUUGGAUAAGCAGCUGGGUAUCGCCAGACUCGAGGAGGCCAUUGUCGAGAUUCGGACCAGUAUCGAAGCCGCCGGCGGCUCGCUCGUCGUCAAGAUGGAGCCCAAGGCCGUCACGGAGAGCGAUGACGCCGAGCUGCAGGCCCUUAUGGAGAAGAGGGAGCGCGAGAACGCCGAGGUCAGCGGUGACGAGAGUGUCAGCGAGAGCGAUGACAACCCGGAGGUCUAAAUUUUAUCUGGAGUCAUCAUCAAAACAAAAAAGGGGCGGCUGGUAGAAUGAGCGUAUCGGCAGGCUUGGAACCCCGAGCGGUUCUAAUGAGACGACCAAAAGAAGAAUUCAACCAUUUCAAACUGUUCCCUCGGAUGGUAGUGAGUGAGAGCUGGGUGGAUGCUGCUAAUACAAAGACUACUCAGCAAGCAGGAUUCAUUGCGCUGCUAAGUCAUGUCGAUAUACACCACGAGGACACGAAUGUUGAGAAAACAGUGUUCUUUCAAAACGACGACAAACAGACACAGCAGCUAUGCUACACAGGAAGAAAGAUAGCCAUGUUGAUGGUGCCUAUAUUGGUUAUCUAACCCCAUCAAAACGAAUCGCAGGUGUCCAAGUCGCCAGAGUGUGUUGUUUUCAAUCUGGUUGUUCACUAAACAAGCAUUGCUGCUCGUCUACGCACAGAAUCCACCCUUCGGUCGUGAUACUUAUGAUCUGUAGUUCCCCUCGACUCAACCACCGUCAACGAACCAUGCCGCCUUGGUAACAAACUUAGACUCGUCGCCAAGAGGACACGCAAUCGACGCGGCAUCGGCGCGGCAAUCAACGUGGCAAUCUCCCACGGCUCGGCAAUGCGCUUGGUUAUACACGGCACUGUGUCGGUGCUGAGCCCGAACUGACCUGCCGGACUUUCAAAUGGCUUUGAUAUUAUCUCCGU